AAAAGUAAGUAUUUUGAAUUUUGAAAAUAACUAUUCGUUUUCUUAUUGUUUAAAUCAAGAAUGAAUUCUUGCCCAUAGAUACUAUGCUUCUCUAUUUAAGCUCGUUAAACUAAUGAUAUUUCGACUUUGAAUUGGUGUCUAUUUAGGCCUUUCUUCUUUCUUUAUGUAGUUUGAAAUCUUUUUCUGUGACUAUUAACCCUGAACUUGAUGCAACCUACAAAAAGUAGACAUAUGUGGCAGUUAGGGAGCAUCCUGAAGUAUAAAGUAAAUUCCAUUCUCGGUCAAACACGUUAUUAGUUUCCUCUCUAGCACUAGUAUUUGUGUUAUACAAGGGGGUGUAAUGAAAAAAAAAAUUGAUUCUGGAUUGAGUACAAGUUCUCUGUAUGCUGUGAGAAUCAAAAUUUUUAUGACUAUUUCUGGGUAUUCAUCAGUGAAUCAACGGGAACUAGGAGGUUGCUCGUCAAUUCUGUACAUUGACGGUUUCCUACGCUCUUCACUGCAUAUUUAAACAAUGGAAGCACACUUUCUUAAUGACCAUAUGAAUGCUUAAAAUUGUGUUUAUUCAAGAUCUAUUGGAUAUUUUAUAUACUUGUCUAUCUCCUUAUGCUGCUGCAGCGUUUAUUGUUACAGCUUUGAAUGUUUUCUAAACACAUUUAUAUUCUUCCAGGCUUUUCAGAUCUGCUAAGCUUCGUCUGCCAUAAAUUCUACAUCGAGUUGUACAAAAUCACAUUUAGAAAAUGAACCAACCUUCCGGCGAACAAGAAGAUCAAGUUACGGUUGCAGGGUUCGACGUUGUGAGGUCACCUGAUUCAAGUUACAGCAAUGUGUACCCGGGAAAUGAAGAUGAAGAGAAAGAACCACCUUCACUACCCCCGCAUUUACAGCAUACCGUGCUAAACCAUCCGACAAACGGAGUUCCACAUGCACCACUCCCGGACCCACAAAAUGUCACUCUAAAUCAUCUUUACAUUGAGAACAGAGAAGCUCCUCGAUCAGUGGUGGCUCUCGGGGUCACUCAUCGCUUCCGUUCGAAAUUCGUUACGGUGGUGCUCUAUAAACCAGUACCAAGAAGAGGAAACAGCAGUAGGUGAUUUGAUUUGCAUGAAGCACACACACUUGUCGGGUUGUGAUGAACCUAUGUUUUGGCUAUAAUAGGAGCAGUAAUUACUCAAAAUCCAAUUUAGCAGAAAACGAAGGUUUAUUACCUUAAAACUCCUGUAAUGAAUCCUAUGGGUUUCGUACACAUCAGUUUUUAAGGGUCAAGGUGCUCUAUUAGAAUUUAUAAAAAAAUAUCCUAUUUAGUGUAUUCAAUUAUUAUUUUUCUAUAAUAGUAGCUGUUAAGAAUUUCAGUUA